ACCGCCUCGGCUGGGAGGAAACAACGAGUUCGAUCAGAGCGCCGCUGCCAGCGAUGCAAUGCCUCGUUUCACGUAUGAACCCUGGGCAUAGGCACCUCCUGAGUGCCGCUGUCACAUCGAAGAGGCUGUACCACCCUCGUCUUCUCUGAUAAUUUGCGAUAAGGUUCAGGAGGCAGCACCCGAAGGACCCAAAGUACCCGGUGAAGACCGGACUCGGGGCUUUAUGUUUACCGAAAAGCCGCUGGAGAGGAAGCUGGAGCCAUGGGUUUCCCCUUCGGCCUUCGAUGAACUGAACUAACCUGGACCCACACAACUCAGCUAACCCGCCCCUGCCUACAGUGGGGGCUCCCCUGUCCCCAUCGCCCUCUCCAGCUAUGGCAGGCUUCAAGCGGGGGUAUGAUGGCAAGAUCGCUGGCCUGUAUGACCUGGACAAGACGCUGGGCCGUGGCCACUUUGCUGUGGUCAAGCUGGCGCGACAUGUCUUCACAGGGGAGAAAGUGGCGGUAAAGGUGAUCGACAAGACUAAGCUGGACACAGUGGCCACAGGUCACCUUUUCCAGGAAGUCCGCUGCAUGAAGCUGGUCCAACACCCCAACAUUGUGCGCCUGUAUGAAGUGAUAGACACUCAGACCAAGCUUUACCUCAUCUUGGAGCUAGGUGAUGGAGGUGAUAUGUUUGACUACAUCAUGAAACAUGAGGAGGGUCUGAAUGAAGAGCUGGCUAAGAAAUAUUUUGCCCAGAUUGUCCAUGCUAUCUCCUACUGCCAUCGGCUGCAUGUGGUGCACAGGGACCUCAAGCCAGAGAAUGUGGUGUUCUUUGAGAAACAAGGGCUGGUCAAGCUCACUGACUUUGGAUUCAGUAACAAGUUUCAACCGGGGAAAAAGCUGACAACCAGUUGUGGAUCUCUGGCAUACUCGGCACCGGAAAUACUACUGGGUGAUGAGUAUGAUGCUCCAGCUGUAGAUAUCUGGAGUCUAGGCGUGAUCCUCUUCAUGUUGGUAUGUGGCCAGCCCCCCUUCCAGGAGGCUAAUGACAGCGAGACCCUCACCAUGAUCAUGGACUGUAAAUACACUGUACCGGCCCACGUCUCCAGCGCCUGCAAAGAUCUGAUAGAUCGUAUGCUUCAGAGGGACCCCAAGCGGCGAGCAUCCCUGGAGGAAAUCGAGAGCCAUGCCUGGCUGCAGGGCGUCGACCCGUCCCCAGCCACCAAGUACAACACUCCCCUGGUCUCCCACAAAAACCUGUCAGAAGAGGAACACAACAGCAUCAUCCAGCGCAUGGUGCUAGGAGACAUCGCUGACCGAGAGGCCAUAGUCGAAGCCCUGGAGACCAACAAAUACAACCACAUCACAGCCACAUACUACCUGCUAGCAGAGAGGAUCCUGAGGGAGAAGCAGGAGAAGGAGGUCCAGACUCGCUCCUCCAGCCCCAGUAACAUCAAGGCACAAUUCAGGCAGUCCUGGCCCACCAGAGUGGACAUGCACCAGGAUAUAGAGGACAGCUUGGCGGCGUCCUCCAUCUCCCACGCCGGAGGCCCUCAGUCUCCAGCCCGCAGCGCAGAGAACCUGCUCAACGGACAUCGCUCCAAAGGCCUGCUGGAGCUGAGCCGACGAGAGGAAACCACAGUGACCGACUCUGCAGGAGCACAGGAAAGCUGUGCUGCUGCCGCCUCCGGCCCUGCUCCUGGGUCUGGCUCCGGGCCCCACAGGACCCCCGCCCCCUCCACUUCAGCUGCAGCCAAGCAGAGAACCUGCUUAUUCAGGGUGGAGGAGGAUGAAGAAGAGGAGGAAGAGCAGGACCCGGCUCCCCUCCCGACCCAGGUGAUCCUGCGGCGCAAGCCCCCCUCCAUCACCAACCGGCUGACCUCCAGGAAGAGCGCCCCGGUGCUCAACCAGAUCUUCGAGGAGGAGGGGGAGUCGGACGACGACUUCGACAUGGACGAGGGUCUGCCGCCCAAACUCAGCCGCCUCAAGAUGAACAUGGCGGGGAACGCCGCCAGCCUGAGCUCCGGGUCCUCGUCGUCUCCGGGGUCCACGCAGAAGCGCUACCACCGGCGCAAGAGCCAGGGAAGAGGCUCAUCGUGCUCCAGCUCCGAGACGAGCGACGACGACUCCGAGAGCCACCGGAGACGCCUGGAUAAAGACUCAGGCUUCAACUACGGCUGGAACAGAAGGGACAGCAGCGAGGGGCCGCCCGGGAGCUCAGGGGGCAACGGGGGAGGCAGCAGCUCAGCGCAGGGAAAACCCCCCGGAGAGGGAGGGGGCACUUCCGGUCCCGACAGGGGGAGUCCUCCUGGAGGGGGUGGGAAUGGAGGAGGAGGGGGAGGCGGCGGUGGAGGUGGAGGAGGAGGAGGUAAUAAAGGACAAGACAGCCCCUCCAGUUGUUGUAACAACAGUAGCACUACUAACCCCUCCCUCACCGCUCUGUCCCGCUCGUCCCGCACAGCGAACCGCGGCACCGAGCUGGUGGAGAGCCUGAAGCUGAUGAGCCUGUGCCUCAGCUCCCAGCUGCAGCACCACCGCGGGGGACGGGCGGGUCGAGGAGGAGGAGGCGGAGGCGGAGGUAAGUUCAUCAUAGACCCUUGCAGCCUCUCAGGAGGGAGCGUGAAAAUCCAGGAGAAAUCCACCUGGAAGAUGUGCAUCGGCUCCACUGGGAGCCUGGACACCAUCACCCUCCCCACCACCACCGCCGCCCUGCCUCGCUCGCACACCGCGCAGCAUCACCGCAAAGCGGCGCUGCACGGCUCCCCCGGCCUGCAGGCGGGGCCAGGUGGCAGGGACACACACGGCAACCUGAGCGCUCUGAAAAACGGCGUGCUUCAACUACCUCUGUGUGAGAAGACCAUCUCUGUCAACAUCCAGCGGGGAGGAGGCUCCAGGGAUGGCCUGCUCUGUACCUCAGCUCCAGCCAGCUGCUGCCAGGUCAUCUGAAGCUCCCACCCUCUGUGGACCAUCAGCCCACCCCCACCACACACAGCCAGACACCCCCCCCCCUCCCCCGUUAACCUCCAUGUCCACCUGUCCAGUUUCUCCAUCUUUCCCCCUUCAGAUCAUUCACUCGAGUUUCCUUGUCUUGUUUUGCUGCAGCAGAUAGCUGACCUCACAGCACCUCAUCAACACACCUGCCUCCUGCUGCUGGCUCCUCCGUCAGCAUUUCUCCACCUCUCCUCACUGUCACUGUGUCGGAUUUGUUCCUGUGCUCUGCUUACUGUAUGUGUUCAUGUCUGAGGUGCAUCUAGUGGUUGGUUUGGUUUUUAUUAUUAGUGUGUUUUUCAGUUUUUAAUUUUCUCCUUGUUUUUUUGUCCCCCAACUGCCCUUCAGAUUAAAAUGUGGCCGUCCACAUUUGAAUAUGACUUGAUGGUGGAGUAUUAUCGUCCCCACCGAGGGAAAAAAAAAAUAAAGCUGAAAUAUUUUGAGAAAAAUGUCAUAAUGUAUGACACGUAUAUGAGAAUAAGGAGGAAAAAGUGAAUAUUAUGAGAAUAAAACUGUAAUUUUUAUGAGAAAAAAGUCUUGGUGAUAAAGUUCUUAUUUUACAAAUAAUUUGUCAUAUUUCCAUAAAAUAAAAUUGUACUUUUACAAACGUUGUAAUGAUUCCAAAUUAAAUAGGAAAUUUAUGAGAAAAAGUCAGAAAAAGAUCAUCAUAGUUUUACAUGAAAAUGUGUCAAUGUGAGAUAAAACUUGUAAUUUUACAAAAAAUUGUAAUAUUUUAAGAAUAAAGUCGUACUUUUGUGAGAAAAUCAUAAUAUUUUGAGAAUAAAGUUAUAAUUUUAUAUAAGAUAAAAGUGUAACUAUUUUGAGAUAAAGUUUCUGUAAAAGUAUGUUUUAUUUUCACACUUUUUCUCAUUAAAUUUACUUUAUACUUGUAAUAUGCGAUCUUGUAAAAUCUAUUCUUUUCAAUUAUAACUUAUUCUCAAAAUAUGAACUUUUCUUUGUAAAAAUAGUUGACUCUCAUUAUUUUUCUCCUAAAAUGAAUUUAUUCUUGUGAUAUGACAGUUUUCUCAAGUUAACUCUUGAAUUAAGACUUCCUGUAUAACUUUAUUCUCAUAAUAUUACAACUUUUUUCUCUACAUUUCUUUCCCUAACAGUGACCCUAACACUGCCGUGCUUCGCUGUGGGUGAUCGUAGUGCACAGUAGCUGAAAGGGAAAGUACUUGAAUAGUUUUGAGUGCUGGUCCGCAGCAGGCAGCUGAGAGGAGGAGAGGAAGUGUGUGGAACUAGCAGCUUCCAUGUUAAAACACACCACAGUCCAACACUCCAGUAAACAGCAUCCUUCCCUCCUUCCUUCACCUCUUACCUUCUCUCCCCUCUGAACGUCAGCUAGCAGCUGGAUUCUAUAAGUGAGUUACCUUCAUACAGAUGUCUUUGACCACUUCAGUCGAGGAAGGGAAGAAGAAAGGUUUUCUGACCCCAUAUUGCACUCAGACAAUCUGUUUUAUGUUGUUUUUAGUGUUUUUUAAAAAAAAAUAAUGUUUACCAGGAUGAAUUCAGCUCCAUGCAUUCACAUUAUUUGUAACAAACUGUCGGUCACAACCCCUUUAAAUUUGGACAAGUGUCUCCUUAUAGAGGCGACACACUUUUAGCUUUUUAAAUGGAACAGCAAGAAAAACCUGGUGGUUUAUCAAAGUGUCCGCAGAGCACUCCUCCAUGGUGAUAAUAUUGAUACUGUAGCAAGUUUGGAAAUGUUACUGCUGACCAUAUAUUUAAAAAAAAAAAAAAAAAGAGGUAUUCUUCUUAUUUUUUUAUUCACAUGACAUUGUGUUGCUGUAGUUGCUGAUAUAGAACAUUUGUUGCGUCAGGCUCUGUGGAAACACAGACACCAACAAGUACAAAGAUCCAAGAAGUUUGUUUUGAUUUGACCUCUGCUGGUUUCUUUAGUCCCACCUGCACCCACAUGUACCAAAGCCUACAUGCAGGCGCAGCGUGUCCACUUGUGUGUGUCGAGUAUUUAUGUACAGUAUGUUGAAAAGCAAAGUUUAUUUUUAAAAACUUGUACAUUUACUUUUUUUUUUUUUCUUUUUUUUUUUUUUGAGCAAACUGCUGUUUUAAAAUGCUGAUGGACGCUUGUGUGAAGUCUCAUUGGUUGGAACAACACCAGGUCAAUCAAGAGAAGAGGCUCAUGACUCGCAGCUUGAAAGGAGCUGAUCAAGAGAUGAACAAAUGAAAGAGAGGAAAGGGCGAAACGGGGAAAUUCUUUAAAGGGCAUUGGCAAUAAGCUAUACCGUGUGUUGCAGCUAUCUGUACAGAAACAUUUUCAUUUGUUCUUUUUUUUUU